UUCCUAGAAUUUGCUGGAUAUGGACAGGGUUCUGUUUUAUUAAUAAUUUAUAAAUUAAAAUGAAAAUGGUUUUUAUUCUAAUAUUUGUGGACUCUGCAGGACAAUAUAUGCAGCCAACAAAACGUCACCUCAAGGUUCAGGAAUAUGUUACACCUGCUAAGUUCCAACACUGGGAGAAUAUUGGAAACCAACUUGGAUUCUUAUAUACAGCUAGUGGACCUUUAGUUAGGAGCUCAUAUAAAGCCGGGGAGUUCUUCAUCAAGAAUAUUGUCAACCGGAGGAAAACUGGAAGUUAAAGAAAAUCCGCAAAUUCAGAUAUUUUGGCGGGAAAUGUUUUCCGUGUAGGAAAAUU